AUGUUCGCGCUCAACAUGCACUCCACAAUCAGACCUUAUUCGUACCGCCAUUCCUGGGAUCCCAACCUUAGCGUUAGGGACCGGAUCAACUUCUUCAAGCAGAAGGAAGGGAUGGCGACGGAUUUGUCGGUCGACAAUGCAAAUGGAAAUGAACAUCCUACGAUGAUGACCAUAAAAAAUAUACCAAGGUCGACAGUUACCACAUCCUCGCAGUUGCAGACAAACUCACAAACCAGUACGACAACGACCCGCGUGUCCAGCUCGACGAGCACCCAACGACUCCACGUGACUUCUUCCGACCUGAAGGCAUCUAACAUGAAAUCAGACCUCGUCGAACUUAAAAACAACAUGAACGACAUGAAGAGCAGCAUAUCGAACUUGAAGCAAUUCAAGAGCUCCUUGGAGAACCUCGUCGACGUCGACGACGACGAAAUGGAGGAGAUCACCCAGCCCUUGGUGACCUUCCCCGACGACACGCCGGUGCCGUCGGAGAUAGGCACCCCCACGAACGCCGUGGACACCGUCAAAUUCGAGCAGAAGACCAUGAACAACUUCAGGAAGACCAAGGUCGUGAAAGACGGAUUCAGCGCCGAAAAGGAAAGCGCGAAAUGUGCCGAAAUGAAGAAAAUUCAAGCUGGAGAUCUCUCCUACGAGGAAAACAGUGCAGCUGCUGCCAGCAGAGCCCGCUUGGAAGUAGACGGCGUUUCCGCGGAAAAAAGCCAAAUGAAAGCCAAGGAAGCCCGAUCGCUGAAAGCCGGAGAUCUGAGCCAACAGGAGUCCAAAAAUAUGGCACACACGAACAUGAAAGUCACUACGGAUAAAUUUACCAGCGAGCAAACGGCAAUGGAAAGCCAACAGCAGAGGCAAACGGUCACUCCGAGUGGGAUCUUCAAUCAAGAGAAGCACAGCUCGUCUAGUCACUCAGUGUACACCUCCACGACCAAAGGAAUCAGUACUUCCGCUGCCAGUUCCAUGCUACAGUUCCGUUUGACCACCAACGAGGACGAAAUCCUGAACAUGACGUGCGAGGAUUUGGAGCAGCUCUCGACCACGUCUAACCCUCAAGAGGUAGAAAAAGCCAUCCACAAGUACUCCAUCUACUUGGACCAAUCAGUUAAAUGCCUCCAGAAGGCGGACACGACGAACGCUCCACUUAUACUCGACAAGAUUAACGACGUAAUGCAAAAAGCCUGGGCAGUACCUACACAUGGGCACGAGCUGGGGUACUCCCUUUGCAAUGCAUUACGAAACUGCGGGGGUUUAGACCUCCUCAUCACAAAUUGUACGAAAACCGACACGAACCUGCAAUUUUCCAGCGCGAAGCUUUUAGAACAGUGCCUCACAACAGAAAACCGGGCUCAUGUGGUCAAACACGGUCUCGACAAAGUGGUCAACGUAGCUUGUGUGUGUACUAAAGUGGCAAACUCGGUAUCUCAUUCGCGCGUUGGUACCGGAAUCCUCGAACACUUAUUCAAACACAGUGAAGAAACCUGUAGUGACGUGGUCUCACUCGGUGGCCUAGACGCUCUCCUUUUCGAAUGCAGGAAAAGUGACAUCGAGACGCUACGUCACUGUGCCGGAGCUUUAGCCAACCUGAGUUUAUACGGAGGCGCCGAGAACCAAGAGGCCAUGAUCAAGAGGCAGGUACCCAUGUGGUUGUUCCCUCUGGCGUUCCACAACGACGACAAUAUCAAGUACUACGCUUGUUUGGCCAUCACCGUUCUGGUGGCGAACCCGGAAAUCGAAGCCCAGGUGCUCCAGUCGGGUACUUUGGGCCUAGUGGAACCUUUCGUCACGUCACAUAACCCUUCCGAAUUCGCUAAAUCCAACCUGGCUCACGCACACGGUCAAAGCAAAACGUGGCUGGAGCAUUUGGUGCCAGUUUUGAGCUCUAAACGAGAGGAGGCUAGGAAUCUGGCCGCCUUCCAUUUCUGCAUGGAGGCCGGCAUUAAGCAGCAACAGGGGAACACGAAUAUUUUUGCCGAAAUCGGUGCUAUUGAAUCCUUGAAAAAGGUGGCUAGUUGUCCGAAUGCUGUCGCUUCUAAGUAUGCAGCGCAAGCGUUGAGACUCAUCGGGGAGGAAGUACCACAUAAGCUAAGCCAACAAGUGCCGUUGUGGUCGGCUGAAGAUGUAGAAGAAUGGGUCAAACAAAUCGGGUUUGCUCAAUACUCUGCUAGUUUUGUAGAAAGCCGUGUUGACGGCGAUCUUUUGCUUCAGCUUACCGAGGAAAAUCUCCGGGAAGAUAUCGGGCUGACGAAUGGCAUUAAACGAAAACGAUUUACGCGAGAACUACAAAAGUUGAAGAAGAUGGCUGACUAUACGUCGAGGGAUACCGCGAAUAUUAACACAUUUUUGCAAGCCCUGGGUCCGGAGUUUAGUAUUUACACCUACAGUCUGCUCAAUGCGGGCGUCGAAACCAAAGAAGCUCUGCGCAACAUCUCCGAGGACCAAUUGUUGAACGAGUGCGGUAUUAUGAAUUCCAUCCAUCGAUUCCGAAUCAUGGAAGGAAUCAGGCAGCUCGAGAACGGUCUCGCGAAUUUAAACGAAGACAACUUGGACAAAUCGUUAGACGUUUUCGUUAGUUAUAGACGUUCUAACGGAUCCCAGUUAGCUAGUUUACUCAAAGUCCAUCUACAACUGAGAGGUUUCAGCGUCUUCAUCGACGUCGAACGGUUAGAAGCGGGCAAGUUCGACAACAACUUGUUACAAAGUAUUCAAAAAGCGAAACACUUCUUACUAGUACUCACACCUAACGCUUUGGAGAGGUGUCGAGGGGACACCGAACGAAAAGACUGGGUUCAUCGAGAAAUCGUGGCAGCUUUACAAGCCCAGUGCAACAUUAUUCCAAUCAUCGACAACUUCCAGUGGCCGGAGGCCGACGAAUUACCUGAAGACAUGCGGCAGGUGUGUCACUUCAACGGAGUCCGGUGGAUUCAUGACUACCAAGACGCUUGCGUGGACAAAUUAGAAAGGUUCAUGCGAGGGGAACUGAACGCUCGAAGCGCCGACGGGUUGAAAUUCGGCAAAGGCGACAUAACACCUGGGACACCAGCCAACCCUAGCCUCGUACGACAGCCCCCGACGUACCAAAGAAUGCACAGUAACGACUCCGGAAGUGGCAAAGGCUCCGAUAAGGACGUCAACGGGAACACGGGGCACCCGAGGGACUGACUAGAUGGUCCCCUAGCCUCGGGAACUCCUACUCCGCUACCUAGUUCUUAUUUACAGGUUCUAUAAGACAGCUAGUCCUUCGCGGAACUGGAUUAUGAACACGAACAGAUACCCACGUGGACUGCCACCGCAAUAUCCGUACACUCGAAGAGGUUCAAAUACUCCAGUGGCGUCCGUCGGGUUGGCUGUAAAGCCCCCACUCCCGAACCGAUCUCGUAGUUUGGAUGGCCUCCUGGAUUCAGAGCCACCAAGUGCAGCUCCAAACGCAACUAUAACUGAAAAAACUCCGUCCGAUACCACGAAAAGUUGUGACGAUUUAGACAAAGAUAAAGAGACUGAAGACGAAUUUAAAGUAAAUAGUGUAAAGUCGCAAAGUAUGGACAAUAAUUUAGACAAUGUCGAUAAGGUGUCGAUACAAAGCGGUUCCAGUGAUUCGAAACGUAAACGAAAUUUCAUGGACCGAUGUGUUAGUAAAGUGAGAUCUCUUAUUAAGAAGUAGUUCGCCACUAUUGUGUAAACUAUAUUAGUAAUAAUUACUGUACUUUAUUUACAUACACAAGAUGUAUAAGUGAUAAUUUUAUUUAUUAUUGUACCUAUUUGUUAUUUAUAAAUUUUAAUGGUAGGUUCGGAGUGUAAAUUCGGGCCUAUUGUGGUUUUUAAGGAAGAGUUUGCGUUUAGUGAUCGAAUUGUUCGAACGAUCGGUAAAAACAAACUCUUGUUUUAUUUUUUAUGGCAACUAAAUUACUUAGUACAAAAUUGUGCUUUUAAAGAAAUGUGAUCAUAUGCAGCCGUGGCAGUUGUUGUGAACUAUUUUUGGACACUUUUUAGAAUUAAGCGCAACCAAUUUCUUUAUGCAAUAUAUUAAAAUAUUAUAUUUUAGCAAUUCUAACAAGUUGUACCAAACUUGCCUAAAGUGUUGGUAUACGAAAAUUUUACAAUGCAUCAUUGCCUUAUUGUUCGAUAGUAAUCGAUGUGCAGGAUUAACACAUUUUAUUAGUAAUAAUGUAAUAAAGUUGUUUUUUUAUGUUAAAUUUAAAAAUAUAUUUUAUUAAGAUUCA